AUGUCCGGCCCGGUGCGCGAUCAAGGUCGUCGGCGUCGCAGCCAGACCUAUGCCGGCCACAAGAGUGCUCGCUCAUCCAAGCUGUCCCUCCUAACUGCCAUCACCUCCGGAUCCCAUGGGUCGACUGGUAGCUCAUCUACCGUCACGCAAGAAUCCUACUCCAAGUCCACCUCAAGUUCGAGUAAACGAAGUAGAUCCUCCCGGCCAAAGAGGUCAAGCGAUGAGCGGAGGAGAAAGGCCUCGCCGGUGGAAACCGACCCAAAGGAUGCCGCCGCAGAGAAAAACAUGUCCAGAGAAUCCGUAGACGUCUUUGCCUUUCUCGUCAAGGACGACGACCAAGGCGCCGCCGACUCCGAUGCUGCCGACUCCAAUGCCGCCGAAGAGGAGCCUCAUGCUGAGAAGGACGACUGUGAUAGUGAGAGCAUCAAGGACGACUCUGAUAGUGAGAGCAUCGUUCCGAGUAUGCAUUCCGACUCGGGUAUAUCAAUGGGUGAUAGCAUUGUCCAUUCCAACAAUGACCCUUUCGUCGACACCCACUUACCUCCUUUACUCGAGGAUGUCCGGGAACAAGAAGACACUCAUAAACCACGGGAGAUCGGGGGCGAUCGCUCGCAACGGCUACGAUGGAAAUAUCCAGAGGUUCCCCAGGCCACCCACAAGCCUCCGACCCCGACACUGAUUGACAGGACACCGAGCCCUGUGCAGAUUCGUGCACGCAUGCCACAAACGCCCGACGGAUACGACAAAGAGUAUUGCUUGCCCCGAAAUGUUUUAUCUGGAUAUGAUCUCAUUGCUGUUAAACUGGCGUCGGGGGAGCUUCCGCCAGUGUUUCGCAACUUUAAGAAGAUCUAUUUUCGACUGCUUCUACAAUUACAAGACGAAAUCAUCGAGAUGGAAGAACAAUUGGCUGCCCUGGACUCCGUCGACGGUCGCAGCCGACUCCAUCCUGACGGCACCAUGUCGCCAGCCUCAAGAAGAUUGAGCUGGCAAUGGGGUCAAUCAGAUGUACCAGCACAUCGAUUACAUGUCUUGGGACGACUGUCAAUGAAGCUUGAACAAUACUAUCAGGUUCUUUCAGCGUCACAGCGAGUCCGCGUACUCUCCUCAUCCCCAACAGCAACCGAGAUUACGCAGUUCCAGACAUGGCUGCACGAGCACAGCCCGCUCUCGCUCUCAGAGUCCAAGUUUUUGGACAACAGUGAGGAUUUAAUAUCAUUAAAAGAGACCACUCUAUCCACCCCAACGCAUUCCACCGGACCAGCAUUAGAAUACGUCCCCAUCUGCAUUCUUACGAUGACGCUUCUGCCACUACUAUGUUUCAAGUUCAUCACCGGAGUUCUGAAUCGACUGAUCUUGCUGACUAUUGUACUGGCGGCUGGGUACAGCAACCUAGAGAAACUUGACAGAUCAAAGGUCGAACAACAUCGACAAUGGGUGAUUGCAUGUUUCGGUGUUUCGUUUCUGGCAGCACUCUUCUUUUAG